GAUGUCCACCUCACUUUUCCCCGGGUGUUGUCCGUCUCCCCGGCACACACUCACGGCUGCUACCAUCUAUCUAUGCAGUUCACUUCAUUGUACUGACUGUGCGCAUCAAUUAGGCAAGAAUUAAGCUGUUUUAGAUGCAAUAAUUGUCUUUUAGCGCUUCGAAGAGGAGUAUAAACCGCGGACAGAGGCGCAGAUAAGUUUUGGGUGCUCAAAAGCGGGGAGGAACCGAACACAGCCAUGCCCUCAGUGAUGGAGCGCUCGGGGGCCGGGGUCCUGUCCAGGAGCAGAGCCAAGACCGUAACCAACGGCAACAGCCAACCACACUCUGAAGAGGAGAGCAGCGACGAAGAGCACGCUCAUGACAGUAUGAUCAGAGUGGGAGGAGACUACCAAGCCCAGAUCCCAGAGUUCAAACCAGACAGUCCAACCCGCUACAAUGAGAAAGACCAGAGGAGCAUGUUGGUCUGGUGUCCCAACAGUCUGCUGUCUGAUGCAAUGUUGGAUGAGUACAUACUGAUGGCUAAAGAGAAACAUGGAUACAACAUGGAGCAGGCACUCGGCAUGUUAUUAUGGCACAAACACGAUGUGGAGCGCUCGCUUGCCGACCUGGCGAACUUCACCCCCUUCCCAGAUGAGUGGACUGUGGAGGAUAAAGUGCUGUUUGAGCAGGCCUUUAGCUUCCACGGCAAGAGCUUUCACCGCAUCCAGCAGAUGCUUCCAGACAAGCUGAUCUCCAGCCUGGUAAAGUACUACUACAGCUGGAAGAAAACCAGGACCAGGACCUCUGUCAUGGACCGACAGGCCAGGAGGCUGGUGAACAAGAGAGAGAAAGACGACAGUAAUGAUGACAUGGAGGAAGGAGACCCCGGCAGUGACAGUGACUUUGAGAUUGACACCAAGAAAGAGGCAGUGAAACAGAACCCCAGCAGCACCAGCUCCGACAAGGCCGCCCCCAGCCGCUCUGGGCCGGUGAAGAAGGAAAAUAUUGGGGCUCAGUACCGCCACCACCCGCUCAGAGCCCGCCGCAGGCCACCCAAAGGCAUGCACUUGGAGCAGGGAGACAUCACCACCCUGUCAGCCUCUCACGAUGCUGGGGUGCUGACUGUACGGCAGCUGGACACACAGUUGGUCUCACUCAAGAGACAGGUUCAGUCAAUUAAACAGAACAACAGUAUUUUGAAACAGAGUUUAAUUGAAGGCGUCGACACUCUCAGACCUGCUGAGCCUGCCCCUAAGAUGAACUCUCGUUGGACCACAGAGGAGCAGCUCCUGGCCGUGCAGGCUAUCCGUCGCUACGGUAAAGACUUUGCGGCCAUCGCUGAGGUGAUCGGGACCAAGACACCAGCUCAGGUGAGCUCGUUCUUCGUGAGCUACCGGCGCAGGUUCAACCUGGAUGAGGUGCUGAGGGAGUGGGCUGCUGAGCAGGUGGCCACCAGCCGAGACCAGAGGGACCCCAGGAGGAGCGGAGAGGAGAUGACGGCAGCCGCAGACGGAGCUGCUGAGGAGGACGAGGUCAAAAUGGAGGACUCUCCCUCUGAUGCCGGCAGUGGCGGCGGCGGUGCCGGCAGCUCCUCUCCCCCCUCCUCCACCCAGACCCCCUCCUCCCUCUCCCAGCCCCCUCCACUGCUGCGCCCCGCACCUCCCUCUGCUCCCCCCAGCCUCCUCCGCCAGCCCCCACCUCUGCAAACGCGCCCUCUCCAGAACCGAGCACCCCACAACCACCCGCCGCCUCCUCUCAUCCGGCCUGCGGUGACCACCUCGUCGUCCUCCACCGGGAGCUCCAGCCUCAGGGCUUCACCUCCCAGCUCCUCCUCUGCUGCAGGGCAGCUGCCUCCAUCGCUGGUCGGGCUCAAAGUGGAGCAGUCCAACUCGCACUGAUACAAAACAUAUAGAAACACACACACACGUACCCACACACACAAAUUAGCAUGCAGGCUUCAUCCUGUAACUUCAUCGCUCCUGGCCUUUGUUCCUGGAACCCUCACACAUCAUAGCUCCUUUACUGUACUAACAAACACCUACCUCCACGUGAGCGUUCUCUAGAAUAAACACACACAGACACAUACGCACUACAAUCAAUUUAGGAACUCAAAGCAAACACUACCUGCACACAUCUCCCUGAAGACAACAAAAAGAGACACUGGAUCAGCAAGCUGUUGAAGAAAGCCAUGACCGCGGAGAGCAAAACCCACCUGCUUGUUUCCAUGUCAACUGCUGAACAUCUGGAUUGCGGAGGAGUAUGGUACAUAUUUAUAUCUGUACUGUAGGUUUUACUGGGCAGGUAGCAAGUAGAAAGAAAGAAAAUGAAAUGAGUAAAUGAGGGAAAAAGAGAAGGAGGGGGGGUUGCUCACAUCUGAGCCAAACUUUAGCAGCCCCCCCCCCCCCCCAAAAAAAAACUAACAAAAAAAAAAACAAAAAACUUGGGCCCUAAAAAUGUAACCAGGCUUUCUAAUUAAAGCUGUGCUAUGGGUUUAUCAUUCUGACUUAUAGUAGCUGAAGCUGUUGGUUCAAAAAUGGAAAAAAAGAAGAAGAGCACCUCUCCCCUCUUCGCCAUGUGUUACUAGUAUUAACUGGAGUGAUGUUUUCCUUUUUUUUUUCUUUCUUGACUAGACUUUUAAAGUGAGCCCUAGGUAGGCAGUUAGUUAUUGUAAGUAGUUUAGAUGGUGCAGACUUUGUUAUUACGAUGAUUGCUGACUGAGCACCGAGGAGAGAAAGAACCUUUGUUUAGACACACGUGACUGGACUUGAUCUCACGUUUCAUGAAGACGUUCGCCACAGUUUGGUUUCACUGGCUCAGCGUUGAAGUCCCACUGCUUAGUGUCUGUUGCCUUUAAGGAACAUUUUCAAUAGUCAACCAUGAAUGUCGUGUCUAGAGGACUUUUUUUUUUUUUGUAUAAACCGGUUCACGUGACAGUCGACCUUUCCUGACCUCCUGUAAACUCUACAAAAAGAAAAUGUUCUGCCAAAGUCUGUUAUUGCUUUAAGAGUUUGUUGUCCAGCUAAAUUCACAUCUCCUGUUAGCCAUAAAAGCAUCUAAGAAGAGUGUUCGACACUGAAGAAUAGUAGGCCUGCUUCCUACGUGUUAGUCAGGAAACGUGGCAAAACGAAAGGUGUUUAAAGGAAUAAUUCAGCAUUUUGGGAAAGAGUAUUCGCCGUCUUGCUUCCUUACUCUCAGCAGCCGGCCAACUUAGCUUAGCACAAAGACUGUUAAAUCUGAAAAUGUGUAUAAAGUGUGUUCUGUUUUGUGAGCUUUAGAGGUGGAUUAGUCCAAAGAUAACCUCACCAGUUACCUUUUGACUGAACCAGGUUAGCUGCUUCCUUUGCCGUCUCCGGUGUACGCUCAGCUAAGUUAGCUGGUUGUUGGCAGAAGUUAGCUUUAUAUGUUGAACGACUUGUUUAAUUAUUCUGCCCUACAGACAAAUAAACACGUUGGUCAGUUCAGUAUUUUUUUUUAUGUCGGAUUAAUAACACAAGCAAAUUAAUAAAAUGUGACAGCUGCUCUCCGAGUCCAGUAAAGGCAGCUUUCUCUGUUAGCUCAGCCCUGUGCAGUCAUGGUGGCAGGUGUGAGAGGUUAAAGGGCAUCUGAAAGGAUUAUUUUAGCCAUUAUAACGUCUACAAAUGCUGCAACUUGUCUCUCAGUCCUGCCAGAGUGCGGUUUUCUGCCUCUGAAAAAAUUCCUCGAGCAAGGAUUAUCAGGCAACCUCAUAAUGAAUGACUUAAUGGUAUUCUGCUCUGCUUACUUUCUUGAGUAUCUUUUAUUGGUACCCUUCUGGAUCUCUGCCCUCUUCAUAGCCUGUAUAUCACUGCUAACACUUUUCAACAGAUCUGAGCUCACAUCAUGUAUAAUUCUGUAAAAAAAAAAACUGUUCAGUGCUUCUCCAUCACUUUGCUUCACAUCAUUUUUGUUAGCAGAGGCCUUCAGCAUUUCAGUUUAACACAGCACUGAACGGGGCCAUCACUAGUCUGGCUUUAAAGUGGCUUGCCUUUUGACUUUGCUUGGACUUUUUUUUUUUCCCCCCCUUCCUCCAAAAAACUGCUUGUGUGUUCUGUAUGUGAGAUGUUGUUUACAUUGUGGAAACUCAACUGUUUGUGUUUUGAGAUUUUUUUUUAUUUUUAUUUCAGAAUAAAGAAAUGACCAAAUAAUA